CACAAAAUUAACUUUUCCCCACAAUAGUGAUUUACUGCUGUAUGGCUCAUUUUACCAUGUUUACAAAUUACAGAGGAAGUCUAGUAAUAUUUGAGCCAAAUUUAUGGGGCUAUUAAAAGUAAACAAGAGCUUGAACUCUUGAAGUUGUGUUUAAAUGGUGAGUGACCCUAUGUACAGUUGGUCUUUACUUCUCAUAAGUUGAUUGAUUGUGCCCUUGAAUAAUAGUUUAUUUGUUUCUUUUAAUCAAAGUCAUUCCUGUUUAUCUCUCAGAAUGUCAAAAAAGAUUCAAAGGAUUGAAAGACACAUAUUUGAAGGAGAGAAAGCGUCUGAGGACCUUGAAGAGUGGGGCAAGUGGGAAGCAUAAGAAGCUGUGGACAUAUUACUACACAAUGGACAGUCUCUUAGGAGAGUUUCAGGAUUUAGUGGAAACACAUGGCAAUAUUGAAGUUUGCUUUGAAGAGCCAAAAGAUGACACCAGUAGUGGCACAACAGGAAACGAACUUCCAUGCUCGAAUAUUCUUGCUGUUCCUUACCCACCCAAGAAGCGAAUCCAGGAAUUUGAUAUUUUGGAAGAUGCACUCUUGAAAAGCAUCAAUGCCACAAAUGAGGAUAGCUUGUUUGCCCAAUCAGUUGGGCAGACUUUGCAAAGGUUGGGCAAUGCCCAGAAAGCUUUGGCAAAAAUUAAGAUAAUGCAGAUCCUCUUUGAAGCCGAAGCAAGUUCCCCCGCAGAAUAGUAAAAUCUAAAAACAAAACACAAUUCUAAAUUAUAUUUAAAGGGAAGAUACAACCUUUGCAAAUAUCAAAAAGCGAAAUGAUCAAAUUAUCACGAAAUACCUUUCUGAAUUGUUAAGGAAUGAUCAAAUUGGGCAAACAGGCU